AUGGCGUGCGCAUCCACUUCGCUGGGCGACGCCUCCAGGGCGGGGAUGAUGGGGGUACCCGACGCAGGUACCGAGCCGGGCGAGUCGGAAAACCCACCCACAGCGUCGACGGUCGAGCUUUCGCAUGAUGGUCUCGAGCUGCAGCGAGCUCCAAGGAGGCAGUACAAAAGUUGGCGCUGCGAAUCGCACCAUGCUCGGCAUUCCGUCUCGUCGUCGCUGAUCGCGCCGGCCAAGCUUACGAUUGCCCCUGGCCACACCUCGUCGCCGCAACAUGCACAUGCCCAUCUGUGCGCUCGGAUCUCCGCAUCGGCCUUGACAGACAUUAUCUCGGCGCCGAUGCCAGUCAUCGAGCAAGCUCGCACGUCUUUAUCCCACCCUGGUGCCCGCGCACACGUUACCCAAUGA